AUGGGGGAAAGCCCGACCUGCUCGCAUUUUCCCAAAGGGGCAACCCCCCAUGCAGACCGUAGAAAUUUCAACAAGGAGGAUCUGCUCACACGUCAGUGCGGAGGUAGGAACAAGGGGAGGGAGAAGAAGAAGAAAGAGAUGCCUAGCUGCAUGAGCAGGGAAACAAACCUACCGGAAGAGAGAAACAAAAGAGGUGCAUUCGAACGCUGUGCUGAAUAUUCCACCCUGGGGAACUCCCCCAAUUAUGAACAACUGGUUGACACCCCGGGGAAGAGCCACUCGUGUAGCUGCUCGUACCCCCCCUGCAAAUCGACGCUGUUUCUGUCGGACAACUCGAAUAAAAGGUGCUUUAGAAAGAAGGGCAGCGAAGGCAACAGGGGAAGGAGAAAAGGAGGCGAUAAGAAGGCAAAUGAGCCAAAAGGUAACCAAGGAAAGGGAAGAAAAAACAGAGAUGAUGGAAAUGGGUCGGAUUCACACAUGGAGUCCGAUUCUGAGUCCAGCUCGGGUGAGGACGACGAAGAGGAGGAAGAGGAGGAUGACGAGGAGGAGGAAGAGGAGGAAGAAGAGGAGGAGGAAGAGGAGGAAGAUGAGGAAGAGGAAGACGAGGAAGACGGAGGCGAAUUCGACGUCGGAGAUGAAAACGACGAAGAGGAGGACGACGACGAUGAUGAAGAAGAAGAUGAGGAUGAUGACGGGGCGGAGGAGGACGACGAAGAGGACGAUUACGAAGAAGACGAGUUCGACGUGGACGAGGAAAACUAUGAUGAGGAGGAUGAUGAGGAUGAGGAGGAUGACGAAGUGGAGGGGGAGCCGGACGACGACGCGGAUGAGGAGGAAAACGAUGAUGAGGAUGAAGAUGAUGAGGAGGACGAUGAUGACGACGAUGAUGAGGAGGAGGAUGAGCCGGAGGACGAAACCGAUGAGGAAGAAGGUGACGACGAUGAACCGGAUGACGAGACGGACGAUGACGACGAUGACCACAAACGCGGCUGCAAAAAGAGGAAAAAAAAAACCAAGCGGGGAAAGAAGCACCCGUGCAAGGAGGGAGAAAUCCACCUAGAAGACGACAGACAGGAUUAUCCAUGCAACCUUAGCAAUACCCAUUAUGACAAAAAAAAAAAACUCUAUCUGAAGAAAAAAAACAAAAAGUUUAAGCACAGAUAUGUGUACCUGAACAAUCUAUUCAAAGACAGCGUGUGUAUAAACACCACAAACGUGUCCAAUUUCAUUUCAGUGAGUAAAGACAAACUGACUGCCACGUAUAGCGCAUGGGGAAAGCACACAGACAUUGCAUGCGUUCAGGUGAAUAAAUGUGCCUCCAGAGAUUGCAGCAUUUACUAUUUCGAAGUGGAAGUGUUAAGCUGCACCAACUUUUCCAAAAUUGUCAUCGGCAUGACGAGCAAAAAUUACACGAUUAACAAAAACCCAGGAUCAGAAUAUAACUCCUUUGGAUAUAAAAAUGAUGAUGGGAAAAAAAUGAUCGAUAGUAAGCUAGAAAAUUACAGCAAUGGGUACACCAAAUAUGAUAUAAUAGGGUGUGGAAUUAACUAUUUUGACAAUAGCGCCUUUUUUACAAAAAAUGGGAAGUUUCUAGGAAAAGCCUGUAAUGUGAACCCUAAAUAUGAUUAUUACGCCACUGUUGGGUUGACCACUCUAGGCGACCGAAUAAAAUUUCAUCUGAACAAUUUCUAUUUUGACAUUUACAAUAUGAUUUAUGAAGAAUGUGAAAAGGAAAGGAAAAUUAUAAAAUCCAUUUACAUUCAAAAAGACAUCUUUACUGAUGUUAUUAAGUCCCAUUUGAUUAAGUGCGGCUAUUUUAACACCUACAAAUCGUUCGUAGAUUUUCUCGACAAGCAUAAGAACACGGGGGAUAAUGGCAGCAGCGUGGGAGGGUCCUCCAACAGUAAGCACUCCCUGGAUAGGUUCUUUGCGGGUCAGAUGCACGCGUCCGGGGGGGAGGACCAAGCGAAAAGGGAGGAAGCAAAGAAGGAAGAAGUAAAAAAGGAUGAAGCGAAAAAGGAAGAAGCGAAAAAGGAUGAAGUAAAGAAAGAUGAAACAAAAAAGGAUGAAGCAAAAGCGGAGGAAGUCAAAACAGACGAUGUAAAAACGAACGAAGCAAAAACUGACGAAGCGAAGGACAAACCCACGGGCGACCCCCCAGCGCACCCUUCGCAAACUCAAAGCAGCGACAACAAGCACGAUGAGGGGGAAGACACGAAACGGAAAGGCGAAGCGGUAGAGGCCGCAAACGAUCACAUGAAGAAGGAAGACGAGUCUCUAUCGAAAACGUGUGCCAGCAGCAGUGAGGCACCGAAAAAUGCGAGUCCACACAAAACGGAAGGAAAAGAUCCCAAGGAGGAUCAAAACGACGAAAACGACAAACACGCUUUUAACAAAUUUCUAAUUAACUACCUAGAUGUGUACGAAAAACUGAACAAGGAGGAAAAGGGCGAAAGUAGGGACAAAGCGGAAGAGGCAAAGCAAGGAGGCGAAACGGGCAACCCGACUCUCACCCCAAGCGGUGUACUCAAAAGUGAUAAAAAUGAAGGUGAGGAUAAACAGACGGGGGACCCCAAAUCUGCAACUGAUGACACGAAAGGGGAUAGCCAUCCAGUGGGAGAUCCCACGGGAAGUAGAAACAGGGAGGAAAAGCCAACUAGCGCGAGUGGCACCGAUCAGCAGAAGGUGGAAGCGAGCACAGGGGGUGCCACCCCCCCAGCAGGUGAGGCUGCCACCUCAGCAGGGGAAUUGCCCCCUUUGAGCCAGGCGCACCCAAAGGAGAACCCCACAGAAGAAGCAGAAAAGCAAACCAUCAGCGAUCUCACAGCCAACAUCCUGAAGAGCUACGAAUUUAGCCCAUACAACUACCCAGGAGCAAACCUGCAAAAUACACUGUGGAUAUCUCGCAAAAGCAGUCUGGGCAGUUUAUUAAACGUAAGAAAAGACUCCAACACGUUGCUACUAAAUCGGUUAAGAGGUAAGAGGAGCCUUAACCUGAAAGAAGAUUUGAACCUUCUGGCCACCAACUUUUUUAAUACGAAAAAGGAAGCGAGGAAAAAUGAAAGCGACAUUAACAAAAAAAUUCAUCUUUUGCUAAGGGAGAAAUCUGGGAUGAUUAAAAAUGAAAGUUUAAAAAAAUUAAAUAAAAAAGAAGGAAAGGGGUACUCAGUAGAUAAGGAAUACAUUACGAAGCAUUUUGUAAAUUUGUACCUGUCUGAGGAGAAGCUCAAAAAAAUGGUUAACUCGCUGCAGACAAGGCACAUCAUACGGAAUAGCAUCCUCAGUGGAAAUAUUAUACAGGUGCUGAACAUCCUGGAAGAGGAGUACGCAGAUUUGCUGACCAACGAGAGGGGUAGCUUUCACGUUGCCAUGUUGUACACGCAGCAGCUGAUAGAGAUAUUGAAGCCGAAUAAAAAAUUUAUCAAAAGAAUUUCUUCAAGAAAAAAAAAGUGUAAAAAGUUGGGAGCCUAUGAUUUAGAGGACGAUCUGCUCAGCGAAACGAGUUACAAAACGUAUGACACUCUGAGUGAUGAUCACUUUUACGAUGACAUCAAAACGGAUUGUGGGUCGUCCGACAGCCUACUUUGUGAGAGCUCCAAUGAGGAGUAUAGCAGGCACGAUGAUAUAGUGCUCAAAUUGGAGAAGCUCAACAGAAGGGGGGGCAACAGGAAGGAGGCACUAGGGAGGUCUGACAGACGGCGUCGCAAGAAGUUAGCGGAGCGCCGCGCAAAAAGUAGCUACAAAAGUAGCGACAGCAGUGGGGAUGGAACGGAUGACAAGGGGGAGGGCAGCGUAAACGGCGGCGGUAAGGUGAAGAGGCAAUCGGAGAAGCUCCCCGCGAAAGGGCCUUCAAACAAUGGAAAGGGGCAACCGUUCGACCCGUCCAACGCCAAGAAGGAAGCAGCUCAUAAGGAAGAUGAACUUACGCCGGGAGCAGGGGAUGACAAAAAUGCAGACCGCGCGAAUGACCCCAAAACGGAGGAACGAAAAGGAACGGACACUACAGGGGUGAAUGAAAAUAAGAAGAGAAAUUCCCAACUAAACAAUAAUCACCUUGGGAAAGAAAAAAAAAUCGAAAGGAUGAUAUACCGAAGCAUGAGAUCAAAUUACGAUGAGGAAUUUUUCGAAACGAAUAACUUGCAAGAAGAGUACGAACAGCAUUACAACAAGCUGUCAAAAGAAUAUGAAUUUUUUGAGGAGGAUAAUCCGUACCAUAAUAAAAAUAGAAACCAAUCCUUCAGAAAGGGGAGAUGUGUAAAAAAUAGGUACCCAAAGAAAGCGCACACAUUUUCCUCCAGCUCAAGUGAUGGUGAUAGCACCUCCGAUUGUGACAGUAACGACUCGAACUUUAAUGAAAAGCAUUACGAAUUUAAUGAAAUAAAUUUCGAACAGAUAUAUCAAUACAUAUAUAAAAAUAAAUCGCCAAAUAGGGAGGAGGUAAAAUUUAAAAAGGAUCAUUUGUAUUUAGCCCUCCUAUGGAUUCGAGAAAAGUUGUCCCUUUUUAACAAGUCGCGCCAGGUGAACGUGCGCCAAUGUAUCCUGGACACGACUUCGCUGAUUGCUUAUCAUAAGCCCUACAAGGAGAGACUCGUUCGCAUGUUCUUCUCGAAGAACAGAAAUCUGCUCACCUUCAGUUCGGUCAACGAGGGCAUACUGGGCCUCUGCCUGAAGGUCCCCGUGUACUCCCCCCUGGAAAUUAUGGUGAAGCACCUCAUACUGUGCAGAAACCUGCUGCGAGAAAAAAAGGGAAACAUCGGGAUCAAGUACGACUGCCGCUACGUGUGCCAGCCGUACAAACGGUACAUGAUUAAAGUUAAAAACAACAAAAAGAAGAGAAGGUACUUCAAGGAAGCGACGAAGCAAAAAAAUGAGAAGGGGUCCCUAAACGGAAAAAUUAUUGAAGAUAACAGGUUAUCCAUUUUUCAGUAAAUUCGGCUCGCGCGGCUGUCCUUUUUUUUUUUUUUUUUCCCACUUUGUUUCACCGUGCAUGUGCAAAUGCAUCGCAUGUGUUGUUCCGAGUGCUUGUAGAGCUCUUUUCUGGUUUUAAGUUGUCCCCCCCCAGCGCUGUGCUGAGGAAAGGCGCGCAUGCCCAUGCGCAUGUAUAUGCACCUGCAUAUGUGUACAUGUGCACCCUUUAGCCAAUUAACAAACGUGUAGAAAGAGCACCCCUGGCAAGGUUUUUAUGCCGUUUUUUUUAAAACUAAAAUUU